AUGGCGGGAAGUAAUCUUCCAACAACGGGGGAAGAACUGGACUUGAACAAUGAGCCUCCAGUCACAGGUGAGAGAAAAAGACCGUUAUGUGAUAAUUUUGAAGUGUUUGUUAGACCUUUUGGUCGAAUAGUUAAGUAUAUCUUUAAUCAUAUGCACUUAUCUUUGAAACAUUUAUUAUUAAAGAUUUUACGUGUUUUAGGAAUCUAAUAAAUAGGUUGGCAUUCUAGGUGACGAGGAUAAUGUGCAUGUUGAAAUUGCUUAUAGUUGUGAUCACUUAGAAGAUUAAUAUAUUUUCCGGUUGGUAAUUUCAGCGGUAGAGGAAAGUCAAAUUACGUCGAGCGAUUCAGAACUGGGGAUAUACGACGAUCCCUCAAGAGGUGAGAAAACCAGGCGAAAAUGACUUCUCUGAAGGGCGCCCCAAUGUAUUUACAUUAAGAAUUUGUACUGUUAUGGGAAUAUCUUGCUGAGAGUCAAUAAGCUUCAUCCUAUGAAGUACAGCACUCAAAGUCGAACGUAAACCAAGUUGAAAUGGUUACCACGAAAAGUUUGCAAGGGGCGUUAACGCCUAAAAAGAUAACUCCCCCAUAGUUUACCAACUUUGUACAAAAUUACCUUUUCUCAAUAAUUUGCGCACGUUUUAAAAGGUUAUCUUAAGUUAAAGUAAAUUGAGUUUAAAAGCUUCUCGACCUAAAAGUCACCUGAUUUACUAACUAGUAAUAGGCAAGCUACAGCUAAGACUACUAAUAGCCUGUAUAUUUUACUUUAUAAAAAUGCGUAGAUAAUCUCUUUGAAAGUUUUUAUCAGUCAUUUUUUUGUGCAGAGCUCUAAGUUUUUGUAUGAUCUGAAGGUUCGUUUUUAACUAUAAAUCUGUAUUUUCCGUCAAGGUUGUUUGUAUUCAUUACUAAAUCAUUAACUUUAAAAUGGUCUGCUUUCAGGGAUAGCGAAAGUAGGUCUCGAGGAAGGCAACAAAGAAUACAGACAAGGAGAAGCUAAUAAUGCGAUAAACUCCUACACGGAAGGACUUCAAGUUAACUGCAAAGAUGAACGGCUUAACGCCAAGCUUUAUAGCAAUAGGGCAACAGCUCAUUUCCGUUUGGGUAAGAAUUCCUUUUUCAAGCCUCUAGGCUUUUUAAUGCGAUGAUAGGGUUCUCUAGCUGUAGAUUAUAACCGAGGUCAACGGCCGAGGUGUGGUCCUCGUGUGCUUGUAAACGCUCGUCAUGAUCGUGAGAGACUGAUCAUUUUUGAUAUCACAGAAUAACUAACCAAAGACACAUGCUCCCUUGGCUUCUCAAAAAUCCUGCGUUUGCCCUUUUUAGAGAGGUGGGGGAAAGAAAGAUUAGUUAAUUCGUGGUCGUUUCACGAUCUUUAGGGUUGGAAUCUUUGGAUCCCGAUCCCAACGAUUUAGCCCCUGAAUCGAUCUUAGAAAGGACGUGCAGGUUCAUUUGGUUUUCUCAAAUGAGUUGAUAAUUUGAUUUGGCCACCGUAAAGAAAUUAAAUAGCUAACGUUUCGAGCGUUAGCCCUAAGUCAGAUAGAGUCUGGAUUUGUAGCACCACAGCUUUUUCAGAAAUUUAUCCCCUCUAAAAAGCAAUACACAGUCUGCUCCAGGCAAAGAAAUAAUUCUAACGGAUGGACUCCAAUUUAAGCAAUUACGGCAGACUGAGCUUGAAAAAAAAAACAGUCCUCGACGGGAGUGGAAACCGUGCAUCCUUAAUACAAGCUGGGCGCUGCAACCUGAAUAGUCAAGAGACCGCACGCUGGGAGCGAGGCAAAUUUUAAAUUUUAAAAAUUUUUGAAGAAAUCUGAUGACAAUCUUAAUGAAGUAAAAUUUUAUUUGACCUGUGGUUGAAAAUCUUAGAAGGCAAUGAUCCUCAGAGGAGGCCUGCAGUUUAUAAUUUAUAAUUUACCAAUUUAUAUAGCGCGUAUUUACAUGUGCUGAUCAAUAGCGCUUUACAAUCAUAUGUUUAAAAGAAAACGAAAAUACAUUACCGUGAGAAUAAAAUAAACUAAGUUACAAACUAUAAAAAAUACUUCUUAAAAAGAUAGGUUUUAAGUCGAGAUUUAAAACUGUUAAGUGAUGUUGCUUGACAAAGCUCCACAGGUAGCUCAUUCCAGACUUUCGGAGCUGCUGCUUAGAAUGAUCUUGCUCGCAAUGUUGUAAGCAUCUUUCCCUUGGGAUGGUCCAAUAAGAGCUUACCAGUAGACCUGGUAAUGGUAAUGGUAAUGGUAAUGGUCAGCGGCGACCAUUUGAGCAAUUGCAAUUUUUUGUCGCCUGGUUUCAAGGAAAAACAUAUAAACGGAUGUUCUACACAAAUUACUUGCAUUUUAUGACUUCAUUGAUGACUACUUAAAUUUAAUUCCUGAAUUCCAUAGGGAACUACUUGCAGUGUAUCGAUGAUGCAACGGUUGCUGUUCAAUUGGAACCCACUUUAAUCAAAGCUAUUAAGAAAGGUGGGUUUUUCAGCCCUAGUCAUCAAAACUCUUAAAAGUGAUUUCGUCAAAAGGAAACUGUAUGAAUUAUGGUAGUUGACUGCAUCCCAAGUGUCAAUUGUAUGUGGUGUGUCAAUGUCUACUUUGUGGGUAAAAACGCACCAAAAGGUCCAUAAGCCUUCGAUUAUUUAAACUAAUAUUGUUAGCCGCUUUGCACUAACUCUUAUUGUCCACUUUCAAUUCUUCCACAAGUUCUAAUUUCCUUCAUUUUUUCAGUGGUCUAGGACGAACUAAAUGCAAAACUAAGUCCACAUUCUGCACACUUUUAUACCUUAACAGCCAUCAAUUAUUUCACUCCACCAAUCAUUGCAUUCUUUUCAGGAGCCAGAGCUUGUGUCGAACUUGGCUUGUAUGAAGAAGCAAGGAGCUGGUUGCAUAUGGGAUUGACCGUAUCCUUUGACGAGAAUUUCAAGCGAGAUAAGAGAUGCAAUGCGAGAAGUAUUUCAAAGAAAAUCAAUACCUUCCGAUCAGAUUCAUCUAGACAUAAAGCAAGCAGUGUUUCUUUUUAUCAUAUAAACUGCGGGGUGUUAUGCAAGAAUUUUGAGCUCCAAGAAAAGCCAUACCAACACAUGUUAAAGCAUACAACAAUUUUUUCAUGUGUGUUUGAUAUCGCGAAUCAACUGCUGACUCGUCACUCGUCUUUCCCCUUUUAGUCAUGCUGAUGAAUGAGUUUCCAAGGCUUCACCAUUCUUAAUCCAUGGUCAUUUGUUGAUGCUAUCGGAUUACGGCUACAAAAACAUUGAAAAAUUUGUAUCGCGCACAGAAAAUGACGUUCAUAAUUUCCUAGAAGGGGGAAAACAAAAUACGAAAAAAAAAGAAAGUUCUCGCGGUUGAGAGCGACAAUCGAGUACUGGAAGACUUGCGACAGGCCUGUUUUGGUCGGGUGCUCAAAAAGAUUUCUUCUUUCGGUAAGGAAAUAGUCAACAGCUGAGAAUUUUGUAAAUUAAAAAAUUACGCCCAUUGUUUGUUUUUGCAACGAGUCAACGCAUUUUUCACCCUGAGCCUUGUCGUCAGAGCACUUAAUGACUUUUCUUCAGAAACUGUAGGUGCCGUUUUUUUUUUCAUUCAUUAAGUUGACUUUUCCCUCAGUAAAGGGCUGUUGUGCUUACGAACUAGAAAAAAUAAUACCUGGUUACCCGUAGAUAUAGAAUUUCUCUUGCCGUGUUUAAAUCGGUACCUCACUCGUGAUCUAUGGAGUUGGACACUAGAAAAGAAAUUCCACAUUUACGCGCGUCCACGUAUAAUUUUUAAAUAACGCUUUUAGAAGUUAUAAAAAGCGAAUAUAACAUUAUUCCCAAGAGCUCUUUCGAUUUUUUUUCAUGAAACCUGACUUAAAAGAAGGGGCCAAGGUAGAAAUUAAACAAAUAAUUACCCUUCAAAGCUCUUUAACGUUUAUCUUAAUACUCACUUUAUGAAUAAGAGUAUUAUUUAAGUAGCAAAACUCUAUAACAAAGCCACGUUCAAUGUCUAAGGUCCUACCUAAUAUUCAAUUAUUAUUGAAACAAACAUUUCCAUUCCAAUUUUCACACUUUGAAUCAUGACUUCUGUAUCCUUGACAAAUUUCAAGGUUGACAAGAAUGGUAAAGGUCUACUUCAUUUACUGAACAGAUCUAAUGAUGGACUAAGCGUGAUAAAAAUCAGCUAUUGCAAUCUUGGCACCAUUUCGCAUGGUCUAGGAGAGUUCAAAAAAGCAAUCAAAUACCAUCAGCGUCGUCUAGAAAUUGCUAAAGCAGUGGGAGACCAAGCGGGAGAGGCACGAAGUUAUGGCAAUCUCGGCAUCGCUUAUCAUGGUCUACGACAGUUCCACCAAGCAAUCAAGUACCAUCAACGUUGUCUAGAAAUUGCUAAAGAAGUGGGAGAAAAAGCGAUAGAGGGACAAAGUUAUGGCAAUCUCGGCAACGCUUAUCGUCGUCUAGGACAGUUCCAAACGGCAAUCGAGUACCAUCAACGUUGUCUAGAAAUUGCUAAAGAAGUGGGAGACAAGGCGGGAGAGGGAGCAAGUUAUGGCAAUCUUGGCAACGCUUAUCAUGAUCUAGGACACUUCCAAACAGCAAUCGAGUAUCAUCAACGUCAUCUAAAAUUUACUAAAGAAGUGGGAGACAAAGCGGGAGAGGGACGAAGUUAUGGCAAUCUCGGCAACGCUCAUUAUGGUCUAAGACAGUUCCAAACAGCAAACGAGUACCACCAACGUCGUCUAGAAAUUGCUAAAGCAGUGGGAGACCAAGCGGGAGAGGCACAAAGUUAUGGCAAUCUCGGCAACGCUUAUCAUGGUCUACGACAGUUCCAAACAGCAAACGAGUACCACCAACGUCGUCUAGAAAUUGCUAAAGCAGUGGGAGACCAAGCGGGAGAGGCACGAAGUUAUGGCAAUCUCGGCAACGCUUAUCAUGAUCUACGACAGUUCCACCAAGCAAUCAAGUACCAUCAACGUUGUCUAGAAAUUGCUAAAGAAGUGGGAGAAAAAGCGAUAGAGGGACAAAGUUAUGGCAAUCUCGGCAACACUUAUCGUCGUCUAGGACAGUUCCAAACGGCAAUCGAGUGCCAUCAACGUUGUCUAGAAAUUGCUAAAGAAGUGGGAGACAAGGCGGGAGAGGGAGCAAGUUAUGGCAAUCUUGGCAACGCUUAUCAUGAUCUAGGACACUUCCAAACAGCAAUCGAGUAUCAUCAACGUCAUCUAAAAUUUACUAAAGAAGUGGGAGACAAAGCGGGAGAGGCACGAAGUUAUGGCAUUCUCAGCAACGCGUAUGUUGGUCUACAACAGUUCCAAACAGCAAUCGACUACCAUCAACGCAAUCUAAAAAUUGCUAAAGAAGUGGGAGACAAAGUGGGGGAGGGUCGAAGUUAUGGCAAUCUCGGCAACGCGUAUGAUGGUCUAGGACAGUUCCAAACAGCAAUCGAGUACCAUCAACGUCAUCUAAAAAUUGCUAAAGAAGUGGGAGACAAAGCGGGAGAGGAACAAAUUUAUGGCAGUCUUGGCAAUGCUUAUCAUCGUCUAGGACAGUUCCGAACAGCAAUCGAGUACCAUCAGCGUCGUCUAGAAAUUGCUAAAGAAGUGGGAGACAAGGCGGGAGAGGGAGGAAGUUAUGACAAUCUCGGCAACUCUUAUGCUGGUCUAGAACAGUUCCAAAUAGCAAUCGAGUACCAUCAACGUUAUCUCCAGAUUUCUAAAGAAGUAGGAGACAAAGCGGGAGAGGGGCAAAGUUGUGGCAAUCUCGGCAAUGCUUAUCAGUCACUAGGACAGCUCCGAGGAGCAAUCGAGUACCAUCAACGUCAUCUACAACUUGCUAAAGAAGUGGGAGACAAUGUGGGAGAGGGAGCAAGUUAUGGUAAUCUCGGUAACGCUUACUAUAGACUAGGACAGUUCCAAACAGCAAUCGAGUACCAUCAACGUUGUCUAGAAAUUACUAAAGAAGUGGGAGGCAAAGCGGGAGAGGGACGAGGUUAUGGCAAUCUCGGCAACGCUUAUCAUGCUAUAGGACAGUUCCAAACAGCAAUCGAGUACCAUCAACGUCGUCUAGAAAUUGCUAGAGAAGUAGGAGACAAAGCGGAAGAGGGUCGAAGUUAUGGCAAUCUCGGCAACGCUUAUCGUCGCCUAGUACAGUUCCAAAAAGCAAUCGAAUACCAUCAACGUCAUCUACAAAUUGCUAAAGAAGUGGGAGACAAAGCGGAAGAGGGUCGAAGUUAUGGCAAUCUCGGCAACGCUUAUCAUGGUCUAGGACACUUCCAAAGAGCAAUCGAUAACCAUCAACGUCAUCUAGAAAUUGCUAAAAAGGUGAGAGACAAAACGGAAGAGGGAAAAAUAUAUGGCAAUCUCGGUAACGCUUAUGAUGGUCUAGGACAGUUCCAAAGAGCAAUCGAGUAUCAUCACCGACAUCUACAAAUUGCUAAAGAAAUGAGAGACAAAGCGGGAGAAGGACAAAGUUAUGGAAGUCUCGGCAACGCUUAUGAUGGUCAAGGACAGUUCCAAACAGCAAUCGAGUACCAUCAACGUCGUCUAGAAAUUGCUAAAGAAGUGCGACACAAAACAGAAGAAGGACGAAGUUAUACCAGUCUCGGCAACGCUUAUUAUGGUCUAGGACAGUUCCAAACAGCCAUCGAGUACCAUCAACGUUGUCUAAAAAUUGCUAAAGAAGUGGGAGACAAAGUGGGAGAGGGAGCAAGUUAUGGCAAUCUCGGCAACGCUUAUCAUGCUAUAGGACAGUUCCAAGCAGCAAUCGAUUACCAUCAACGUUUUCUAGAAAUUGCUAAGGUAGUGGGAGACAAAGCGGAAGAGGGACGAGGUUAUUGCAAUCUCGGCAACGCUUAUCAUGGUCUAGGACAGUUCCAAACAGCAAUCGACUACCAUCAACGUCAUCUAGAAAUUUCUGAAGACAUGGGAGACAAAGCGGGAGAGGGACAAAGUUAUGGCAAUCUCGGCAACGCUUAUAGUGGUCUAGGACAAGUCCAAACAGCAAUCGAGCACCAUCAACGUCAUCUAGAAAUUGCUAAAAAAGUGAGAGACAAAGCGGGAGAGGGACGAGGUUAUGGCAAUCUCGGCAACGCUUAUCGUGGUCUAGGACAGUUCCAAACAGCAAUCGAGUACUAUCAAUGUCGUCUAGAAAUUGCUAAACAAAUAGGAGACAAAGCAGGAGAAGGACAGAGUUAUAGGAAUCUCGGCAACGCUUAUCAUGGUCUACGACAGUUCCAAACAGCAAUCGAGUACCAUCAACGUCAUCUAGAAAUUAUUAAAGAAGCGGGACACACAGCGGAAAAGGGAGAAAGUUAUGGCAAUCUCGGCAACGCUUAUAAUGGUCUAGGACAGUUCCAAACAGCAAUCGAGUACUAUCAAUGUCGUCUAGAAAUUGCUAAAGAAAUAGGAGACAAAGCAGGAGAGGGAGGAAGUCAUUGCAAUCUCGGGAACGCUUGUUAUGGUGUAGGACAGUUCCAAACAGCAACCGAGUACCAUCAACGCCAUCUAGAAAUUGCUAAAGAAGUGGGAGACAAAGUGGGAGAGGGACGAGGUUAUGGCAAUCUUGGCAACGCUUAUCAUGGUCUAGGACAGUUUCAAGCAGCAAUCAAGUGCCAUCAACGUCGCCAAGAAAUUGCUAAAGAAGUGGGAGACAAAGCGGAAGAGGGACGAAGUUAUGGCAGUCUCGGCAACGCUUAUCGUUGUCUAGGACAGUUCCAAACAGCCAUCGAUUACCAUCAACGCGACCUAAAAAUUGCUAAAGAAGUGGGAGACAAAGUGGGGGAGGGUGGAAGUUAUGGCAAUCUCGGCAACGCGUAUCAUGGUGUAGGACAGUUCCAAACAGCAAUCGAGUACCAUCAACGUCAUCUAGAUAUUGCUAAAGAAGUGGGAGACAAAGCGGGAGAGGGACGAAGUUAUGGUAAUCUCGGCAACGCUUAUCGUGGUCUAGGACAGUUACAGACAGCAAUCAAGUACCAUGAACGUCAUCUAGAAAUUGCUAAAAAAGUGGGAGACAAAGCGGGAGAGGGACGAGGUUAUUGCAAUCUUGGCAACGCUUAUCAUGGUCUAGGACAGUUCCAAACAGCAAUCGAGUACCAUCAACUUCAUCUAGAUAUUGUUGAAGAAGUGGGAGACAAAGCGGGAGAGGGACGAAGUUAUGGCAAUCUCGGCAACGCUUAUCUUUGUCGAGGACAGUUCCAACCAGCAAUCGAGCACUAUCAACAUUGUCUAGAAAUUGCUAAAGAAGUGAGAGACAAAACGGCAGAAGGAGGAAGUUAUGGCAAUCUCGGCAACGCUUAUCAUGGUCUAGGACAGUUCGAAACAGCGAUCGUGUACCAUCAACGUCAUCUAGAAAUUGCUAAAGAAGUGGGAGACAAAGUGGGAGAGGGACGAAGUUAUGGCAAUCUCGGCAACGCUUAUUAUAGUCUAAGAAAAUUCCGAACAGCAAUCGAGUACCAUCAACGUUACCUAGAGAUUGCUAAAGAAGUGGGAGACAAAGCGGGAGAGGGAGCAAGUUAUGGCAGUCUUGGGAACGUUUACAAUAGUCUACAACAGUUCCAAACAGCAAUGGAGUACCAGAACCGUUCUCUAGAAAUUGCUAAAGAGGUGGGAGACAAGGCCGGAGAGGGAAUAAGUUAUUCCCUUCUUGGCAGCAGUCUUCUCCCUCAAAAAAAGUUUAAAAGGGCAAUCGAGUCGUAUCAACGCCACCUAGAAAUUUCCAAAGAAGUAGGGGACAAGACUGGAGAAGCCUACUCACUCGGUUUUCUCGGAAUAAGUUUCGAGUGCCAAGGAGAUACCAUGAGGGCCUUCACCUACUUUAACUCGAGUGUAGAGGUGUAUGAUGAUAUCAGGGCCAGUCUUCAACUCAAUGAUCAGUGGAAAAUUUCUUAUCGUAAUCAGCACCGAAUUGCAUAUAAAGGUCUGUGGCGGAUAAAUCUCAAUCAAGGUAAAGUUGUAAAGGCUCUUUUUGCCGCAGAAAAAGGACGUGCUCAAGCUCUAAGAGAUCUCAUGCACACAAGAUAUCAGCCUGAAGAUACUUUAACGAACAGCGAAUCGUGCCUUUCCCUGAGUACCGUUCCAUCAAGUACCGUUUUCAUGGCUCUCAAUGGACCGUGCGUUUACUUCUGGUUUUUUCGCAGUAAAGAUAAUAUCCAGAUGAGAAAGGUGCAUGUGAACAAUUAUAAAUAUGAGAAUGAAUUGGAAUUUUUCAUCCGGCAACUGAACAAAACUGCCCUUAAGGAGAUUGGCAGAAGAGAUGCUGUUACAUGCGAAAAUCCCUCACCUGACUCGCCAAAAGAAGAGGAAGUUGCCAACGAUGUGAUCCGAGUUGAUGUGAGGUGCUCACAAUCAAGGGCUCUACAGAAGCUUCAUGACAUCAUCGUUACUCCUAUUGCUGAUCUGAUCGAAGCCAACGAGCUAACUUUCGUUCCUGAGGGUCCAUUUUGCCUUGUACCUUAUGCAGCGUUGGAGGACUCGAACUCAUCAUAUCUGAGUGAUUCUUUCAGUAUUCGUGUGCUUCCGUCUCUGACGACGUUGCAACUAAUUCAUGAUUGCCCAGCUGAAUUCCAUAUGAAAAGUGGUGCAUUGCUCGUUGGCGACCCAUGUUUCAAAGAUAUCAUUUACCAGGGUAAACGUUUGGUGCAACUUCCGGGAGCAAGGGAAGAAGUGGAGAUGAUUGGACGCAUCCUUAAUCAUUCCCCUCUCACUGGAGAAAUGGCAACAAAAGAUGAAGUGUUAAAACGAAUGUCAUCAGUGGCGUUAGUUCACAUUGCAGCGCACGGUAAAAUAGAAACUGGGGAAGUCAUCUUGGCACCAAACACUACAAGGAAAAACUCUCAGCCAGAAGAGAAAGACUAUCUAAUGACUAUGAAAGAUGUCCUAGAAGCUGGGCUGCGGGCUCGACUGGUUGUACUAAGUUGUUGUCACAGCGCUCGUGGGAAGAUUAUGGCCGAAGGUGUGGUCGGCAUCGCGCGAGCAUUUUUGGGUGCCGGUGCUAGAUCUGUGGUGGUAACCUUAUGGGCGAUUGAUGACGAGGGAACCCUGGAGUUCAUGAGUUUCUUCUACGAUGCACUUGCUAAAGGCAUAAAGGCAAGUGAAGCUCUUCAGCAAGCCAUGAAGUGCAUGAGAGAGAGUGAAAUGUUCAAAGAGGUGCAGUACUGGGCACCAUUUGUACUCCUGGGUGAUGACGUCAGCCUGGAUUUCAAGGAAAUU